UAACCAACGAAUGACAUGGUGCACGACCCCGUACACCAGCUGGGGUAAGCUGACCUUUGCAAUGGGUUCAAAAGUCACUUUUCGUCGCACACCUGUUGGACGUAUUGAGGCACUUGUCCCAGGUUGUUUUAGCCAGCCAUGUCGGAGUUUGACACCGUGACGCCGACAGAGUUCUCCCCGGGCGUGCCUGACUGGAGCACCGUGCACAGGCUGCUGGGAGAGCUGGGCGAGCCGCCACAGUCAGCCGGAGACUGGGCGAAGAACUUCCUGAGUCAGGAGAAAGUUGCCGAGUUCUUCCAGCGCGGCUACGUCAGCAACAUCCGGGUCCUUACGGAGGAGCAGUGCGACAGGAUCCUGAAGGAUUAUGAAUACUUCAUUGACCCGUCUAAACAGCACCCCGGGCACGCCAUGCUGUACGAACACCACAGCAACCAGAGUGGGGACAGCAACAACGUGCUGAUGCACGGGCUCGGGCAGUGGCGACUCACACGGCUGUUCCACGACCUGGUCUUCCUGCCUGCAAUUAGCGUUCCGUCCUCACAGUUGUUGGACCAGGAGAAGUUGCGGCCUGUCCGCCUCUGGCACGACCAGAUGUUCGCUAAACCUGCCAGACAUGGCGGCGUGGUGGCGUGGCAUCAAGACUACUCGUACUGGACCAGGACAAAGCCCAUGAUGCACCUGACGGUGCACAUCGCGCUUGAUGAUCAGACGCUGGAAAAUGGUGGCCUGCACUUCAUCCCCGGAUCGCACAGGUGGCACCGGGACGGGAAGCCACUUCCGGUCACAGACUUCAACUUCAAGGACAUGGAAUCCAUCAAGACCAUACUAACAGAGGAUGAAGUGGCUGACUUUAAACCGGUUCCAUCGCUACUGAAGAAGGGCGAGGCCAGCUUCCACCAUCCUCUGACCGUGCACGGGUCUUACAACAACAGGACUGACAACCCCCGCCGAGCCACAGUGGUAAACUACUUCGCGGACGGAAUCCUUUCAAACACUGACGAGCCGCUACUGGAGGGGACUAACCUCAUCAAGAGGGACUGCAAAGUGGAGGGUCAGUUCUACCCUCUGGUGUUUGAUCCUGAGUGGGCGAGAGAGAAGUAAAUUAAAGACCACCAGAGGGACUCUCCCUACCCAAGGAAGAUCGCUACUGUCCCACGCAAAACUCAGCCUGCUCGAUUCAGUCUGUUCAAGCAGGUUGGUCUGUUGUGGAUUGCUAUUCUUUUGGAUUAAGUGCAAAAGCAAAGCUGCGAAAUGUAUGAAGUAUACGCCAGGCAAGGGUUGCGAAUACAUUUACCUUAUCAAGUUAAAUACACUGGUGUAAUAUAUAAUGCCUAGAUUACUGAGCAGAAAAUGUGCAAUAUGUAAUACAUACAUACAUGUAAUGAGAAGUAUAAAAAAUGUGAGGAACGUUGCUAAGUCAACGAAAGCAAACCGUUAAACUAAGAGACACCAUGAACGUUGAUAUAAAAAAAUCUGUAUUCUUAGAAGAAAAUGAAAUUUUACAAACAAUUGGUUUGAAAGUAACAGAUUCAAUGUUUUAUCGUAGAAAGUUUAUUGCAAGUUCUUGCCAGAGGGCUAAUUGCAAGUGACAAAAAGUGACAGACAAACAAUGGUAAACAGUAUACAGUAGUAAACUAAUAAAUCUAAUGAUAAAUUCAAAUAAACUACACAAAUGAAAACAAACAAACUUAACUAUUGGGUUUGACUUCUUUUUCGGAGACAGUAAAAGACGAAUGAUACCACCUUCUCGAUAAUAAGUGGGUUUUGUGAUGUUAAGAGGAGGGUAGUUUUCCUUUUGUCUGUAAACGUGGGGAGAUAAGGAUGGGCUUUGGGGACCUCUUUAAAAAAGCUCCUUUCUGUCUUUCUUGAUCAUAGAAAGGACAGUUCUAAUGAUGUCCGUAGCCGUAUGUUUCGAUUCAAUUAGAUUGCAAUAAUAGUACCCUGUACGACCUUGAGAUACUCUCGGCAGGAUCUCACGUUUCGUUUUCGUUAUUCAAAGCCCCUGACACACAUUCGGGACCUUCCCACGACUAUAC